CAGACAGCCGGCUUCACGUCACCUCAGACCGCGUCCUGGAGGGGCAUGGGGGGCACCUCACCCGCUAGCUAACCACGAACACAUAACCUCGUAGCGGAAGGCGCACGGCCGGCGGUCCCCGAUCAUGGUGUCGUGGAUCAUUUCGAGGAUAGUCGUCCUCGCCUUUGGGACGCUCUACCCAGCAUACUCCUCAUACAAGGCUGUCAAGACGAAGAACGUCAAGGAAUAUGUGAAGUGGAUGAUGUACUGGAUAGUAUUUGCGUUGUUCACCACAGCAGAGACAGCCACAGACCUGCUCUUAUCAUGGUUUCCAUUUUACUUUGAGCUAAAGAUCGCCUUCGUCAUCUGGCUCCUGUCUCCAUACACCAAAGGCUCCAGUGUCCUCUAUCGCAAAUUUGUCCACCCAACGCUGUCCAACAAAGAGAAGGAGAUUGAUGAGUAUAUAGCACAGGCCAAAGACAAGAGUUACGAUACCAUGAUGAGGUUUGGAAAACGGGGUCUCAACCUGGCUGCUACUGCCGCUGUCACUGCAGCCGCCAAGGGGCAGGGUGUGCUGUCAGACAAGCUGCGGAGUUUCAGCAUGCAGGACCUGACUCUCAUCAAUGCUGAGGACGAGCUGGCUCUGCACACAUCAGAUGCCCGCAUGAGACGGGACACCAUGGACGAGAUGAGCUCAGGGGCCAGCACGCUGCCCCGGGCCAAGAGCAGUGCUACACGGCAGACCCGCUCUUUGGCAACCGCAUCUCUUGCUGAUGACACGUCAUCCCAACACAGCUCUGACCAAUCAGACACAAGGACUGAGCACUCUGAUGAAGAUGCUGGAGAAAAAGCCCCGAAACGAGUGACCAGUGUCAAGUCAACGAAGAAACCUGCUGCUGCUAAGACAGAGACUCAAAGUAAGACGGUGAAGAAGCCCACAAAGAAAAAGACCACGACCAGUAAUGCAGAGGCUGCCCCACCAUGAGGCCUUCGCAUCCAGUGGCCUACACUCUCCACCCACAGCCUGCAGGAGGCUCUUCUGUUUCAUCUCAGCACAAACACAUACCCACCAUGUGUAUGUAUGAUAUCAAUCACCAAAAUUGAAUUGCUCUUGCUGGUUUUUAGAGCAAAAGACAGAUUUAGUUUUUAUCCAUAUGAGGCCACCUUUAUCUGGGAAUGUUCUUUUACUUUUACUUGGUUGCUGCAUUUUUUCUAUCUCACUCAGAUUUAACAGUCAUCUUUUAACUAGGUUUGAUUUUAAGACCCUGAAUUUACCAAUAUCCUGAAUAAUACUGUGUGAGACCUCAUCAUUCACACUUUUGACUCCAGUUUAGGUCAUAGUAGCUACCGAUCAGCAACUACCAUGUCCUGUCAUGAAACAGUUAUACAGGAUUAUUUAUGAUCAAACCUGCCUUUGUGCUCUCUCUUUUAAAACCUUUUUAAAAUAUUAUUUGAGCCUUUUUGACCUUAGACCCAACCGCUUGUGUUAGCGUUUAAAGGUCAGUUAACCCCUGAGUGAGCCCUGUUAUGUUCACGUCUCAUUCAGGUGUCAACUUUCUUCCUCACUGCCGAUGACUUCGAUGUCAUGUUCAGUGCUGGUCAUGGGAGUAGUUUUUUUAGUGUUGGCUUAGUUAUCCUUCAUCUAGACAUCCCCCCUCUUGGGGAGUGAUUUACUCAUGAUCAUUUAUUUGUUAUACUUCUGUUUCAUCCAGUUCUGUGGGUCAGGUAAUAUUGGCAAUGGAUAUAAUCUGCUGUGCAUAUAUAUGGGCUUCUUGUGGUGAUGCUUUAACUGAGUGAAGAUGGCGCUCUCUCCCAAUUAAACACAGUGGUCACGGACGAGUUGUCACUGUUGCGAGGUAACAAAUCUGCUUUCCUUGGCGUCUCUAAUAUUGUUUGUAUGGUCACACUUUACCUCAUUAUAAAAGCAGGAUAAAGCAAAGCAUUAUGGAGAUAAUUCAACCAAAAGAGAGCCUGAGAAUAAUUUUCUUCUUCCCAUGCUGUUUCAGAUGUCUGUGUGUGGGGGAGGGGGGGGGGCCUUCCCAGGCUGUGUGAGUUUCUAAACACCGUGGACCUUAGUUCUGUUAUGAGCUCUUUCUUCUGAGUGCUCUGGAAUGGGAGAUUUAAAUAGCAUGACACCACCACUUCUGCACUUGUUACUGCUGUCUGCAGUGUGACACUAGUAAGAACCAAUAGGGGGAGACAAACUCCAACUCAACUGUUGGCUAAGUUACUUAACAAGAUGUAAACACAGUGUAAAUAGGAAACGUAACUGUAUAUAGAGUUAGAGCUUGCUUGCCCUAUGCCGGCUGACAUCCAUUUAAUUUCUUCAUAAUUUGUGGGCUCUUGUUUAAAAUUCUUAGUCUUAACAAAUCGUAGGUUCUGAGACCAGAGAAAACUCGUAAACAUCUGGUGUUGGACGUGAUUGUGUGAUUUCUUUUGUGUUUUUAAUAAAGAAGUUCACUUUUCUUUUCACAUGAAAGCACAUGAACUCUUCUCCAUCACAAAGUAGAUGAUCUCCAGACUGAGUCUAAACUGAGGUUUGUGUUCACUUCCUGCUCUACUCAGUCUGGUCAUAACGUAUUUUAAGGCCAUAAGUUCUUAGUUUAAUGUUUACACUGAAUCAAAAGCAAACCAUGUCUUAUCAAGAUACCGCUUCACAUUUUUAUCCGGUGCCACAUUUGGAUAUUUAUUGUUGAUUAUUUUCUAUUUUAAAUCAGUAUUGUAUACAGGGAUGUUCAUAUAUUGUUUGUGCCAAUUCUGAAAGCUCCAUGUCAACAAGGGUAAUGGUAUGUGUGCUGGGACAAUGGUUUAACAAGGUCAUGUAUCAGUACUGAAACUACUAAUAAAGGAAAUAAAUCUUUGUGCUAUUGCCUGGUGUAUAGUUUAUUCUCUCGAGGCUCACACCUAUCUUUUUUUCGUUCACAGGUGGAUUCUGUUCUUUGUGUAUUAACACAGCAUUUAUCCUGUUUCUGUCCACACACAGCGAAAUGGCUCUUAGAGCUGAGAGUGUCACAGUUUGGGGAUGAUCAGCAACAAAAGUGCACUAAGCCUCAAUUGAAUUGGUUUUAUUAAAGAUAAGAGUAGACAACAAAGAUCCAGGAAAAAACAAUUGAUGGGGAAUUUAUUACAAAUUUAAAAAGAACAAAUUUAAAAAAUACGCAAGCAAGAUCUCACUCUUAUAUAUAUGUCUUUCAUCUUAUGAAGAACUCUAAAAACAGUCUUCGGGAUGAGCUUAAACUUUAUAGGACUACUCUCCCCUAAAAUAAGGUCUAUAUUUUGUAUAAAUGAUUUUACUAUUAUAGAGUUCAGUAAUUGUGUAAAUUUUUCAGCAAUACUUUCCUUUUCCUGCUUCUUUAACUCCUUCUGCCAAUUAUCCAAAAACUUAUCUAUCAAUUU